ACACUCCUCUUUCGCCUGUAUCAGUUUCUUAAGCCAUUUCUUCCACUUUCGGAGAUCUACCUUGAAUCCCUCAUGUUACCAAGAAAGGCCAUUUUCAAUAUAUAACUUAGGUUCUGCACACAGACUUUCUCUGGGGCUGGGAAUAAGGGUGAUCAAGCUCCUUGAAAGGGAGAAUUGGGUGCCCCUCAUUUGGGGUCAGGGAAGGGUAGUUCAUGGGUCGCUGCUGUUGGCCCUAACUGUGUCCUGGACUUUUAGUGGUCACAGUAUGUAGUUCAAAUGAACCUGUGUUGGGAUGAGAUGGUUUGGGUCGCGGUGCUGGUGAUGACAGCGGGGCAGAGGGCAGAGAAGUCACACGUCUAGAGACUGGUGUGGCGCCGUCAGUGUUCAGGUGGCUGGACACUUGGCUUCUAGUUCUGCUGUCUCACUUGCUAUGUGACCUCGGGCAAGUCACUUGCCUUCUUGGGCCUGUUUCUUGAUGUGUAAAGUGAGGUUACUGGUGAAAUCUUCGGCUUUUGGAAGUGGGAUUAUGAAAGAUCUUUCCCCUUCUCAAGAUAUUCUCCCCAAACAUGCACAGGCCAGAAGACAGAAAAACAGAUGACAGACAGGAAGAUGACUGACUUCAGAGCCCAGGGAAUGGACCCUGAAGGUCUGGUCCCAGGGAAACCAGAGACACCUGGGACACACAGAAGGGAGAAUCUUGCAGGCAGCCAUUUCCAACCUACCUGGGGCCCCUACUCUCUGAACCAAGGCUGCUUGUCUCUAGAGAGGGAACUGAGCAGAGGUCUCAGAACCCGUCCAACCGUUAUCUGCUUCCAGAGUCUUCCUUGCCCCACUAAUAUACUGUGCCUGACCUUCAGACCUCACAGUGGCUGCUGACAUAGCUACUGCUCCCUAGCAGUCCCAGGACCCCUCUUCACAGAGACCCACCCCGCCGGCAGGGCCAGACAGCAACCCUACUCUCGGGCCUGAGUCACUGUGCUGUGUCUAUGGGAAGAAGUCUAGAAUGUUUGGGCUCAGGAUCGUGCCUGCCUGUCACUGAGAACUCCUCCACCCCUCACCGCAACUUGUAUGGAAACCUGCUCAGUCAUGAUGAAGGCCAGGGCUCUGAAUGGACUGCUAAGAGGACCAGGCAAGGCUGGAGUCGGAGAGCCCGAGAGAGUCCUGGGCAGGUGUUGAAGCCAGGCAGGACUCAGCUAAGCCAGGACCUGGGUGGGGCCUCGCUGGCCAUUGACACACUCCCGGACAACAGGACCAGGGUGGUGGAGGACAACCACAACUACUAUGUGUCCCGAGUCUACGGCCCUGGUGAGCGUCGCAGCCGGGAUCUGUGGGUAGACAUGGCCAUGGCCAACCAGAGCCACGUGAAGGUCCACAGGAUCCUCUCAAGCUCUCACCGACAGGCUUCAAGAGUGGUCUUGUCCUUUGAUUUCCCUUUCUACGGGCAUCCUCUGCGGCAGAUCACCAUAGCAACUGGAGGCUUCAUCUUUGUGGGUGAUGUGCUCCACCGGAUGCUCACAGCUACUCAGUAUGUGGCGCCCCUGAUGGCCAACUUCAACCCUGGCUACUCUGACAACUCCACAGUUGCUUACUUCGACAAUGGGACAGUCUUUGUGGUUCAGUGGGACCAUGUUUACCUCCAGGGCCGGGAGGACAGGGGCAGCUUCACCUUCCAAGCAGCCCUUUACCAAGAUGGCCGCAUUGUCUUCGGCUACAAAGAGAUCCCUAUGGCUGUUCUGGAAAUCAGCUCUGCCCAGCACCCUGUCAAGGCUGGCCUGUCAGAUGCUUUCAUGAUCCUCAAUUCAUCCCCAGAGGUGCCAGAGUCUCGGAGACGGACGAUUUUCGAAUACCACCGGGUGGAACUGGACUCCGGCAAGAUCACCAACACAUCAGCUGUGGAGUUCACCCCAUUGCCAACCUGCCUCCAGCAUCGGAGCUGCGACACCUGCAUGUCCUCAACUCUGACCUUCAACUGCAGCUGGUGCCAUGUCCUGCAGAGAUGUUCCAGUGGCUUUGACCGCUACCGCCAGGAGUGGUUGGCCUACGGCUGUGCCCAGGAGGCAGAAGGCAGGACGUGCGAGGACUUCCAGGAUGAGGGUCACUACUCAGCCUCCCCUGACAGCUCCUUCGGCCCCUUUGAUGGUGACCGCACUACCUCUUCCUCCCUCUUCAUGGACAGCCUCACCACAGAAGAUGACACCAAAUUGAAUCCCCACGCAGGAGGAGAUGGACUUCAAGACAACUUGUCCCCAAAGACCAAGGGGCCUCCCGUGCACCUGGGCACCAUCGUGGGCAUCGUGCUGGCUGUGCUCCUGGUAGCGGCCAUCAUCCUGGCUGGGAUUUACAUCAGCGGCCACCCUAACUCCAAUGCUGCACUCUUCUUCAUCGAGAGGCGACCUCACCACUGGCCAGUCAUGAAGUUCCGCAACCACCCCAGCCACUCUACCUACACAGAGGUGGAGCCCUCGGGCCACGAGAAGGAGGGCUUCAUGGAGGCCGAGCAGUGCUGAGAGCACCAGGCCCGUGACCUGGGGGCGGCGUGAAAGCAAGUCACAGCAAAGAGAAGUGAUUCUUCCUGCCCUCCUCUGAGCUGGCUGUGCGUGCGUGUGUGGGUCAGGAAGACAAGACAGCGGUUUAUGGUGCCAAAACCAUAGUUUGGUCCUCACACCCCAGAUAAAAGGGGCACAGUAAUGCAACCAUGAGGGUUUCUUAAAGGAACACUAACCUCAGAGUUCCCUGUUCCGAUGGGAGGAGGCUCAUUUUGGGGGUCUCUCAGUGGUCUACACUGCAGCUAUUGAAGUGCCUGUCCCUACUGGAGACAGCCUGGUCACUGAAGCCCCUGCUGGGGCUACUACAUUCUAGGGUCAACAGACUCAAGGGCUGGUCUUCCUAGCUAUGGAGUCAGUGGCUCUGGAAGCCUGAAGAAGGGGUCCCCUCCAUUCGGGAGCUCUUAUCCCUUGAGACAAACCAAAUGAGAGGAGAGAAAAAGAACCUUGGGGAACUUGUGUUUUCUGGCCUUGGUCCUUUGCUUCAUCAUUUCUGCAGAGGCCGGGGGCCGACAUGGGAACGCCGCAGCCAGGCUGCACCCUGGCCUGCCCCUCAGCCUCCACCUUGCAAGCCGGUCUUGCAUGGCUGCCAGUCAUGAGUGGAGUGCUUACUCCACCGUGUGUCUGGUGGCCGCUUUACUCGCUGGCCUGUUCUGUUGUCGAUGCCAGUGGUUUCCUUCAAAAAGAGGAACAACUCACCUGGCUCAUAUUUUUCCUGGCUGACCUGGGUGGGGCUUUUGUAGCCAUUAAAAACAAGCAGGUGGCUGAGGUUUCCUUGAGACUCCCCUGCCUCAGCAGCGAGUUCCAGUUGGAUCAUGUUGAAGGACAGCUGCCAUGAAGGUAGGCAGAGAAACCUGACAUGGGAGGGAGGGACCUUGACCUGGAAAUCGGCCUCUGUCUCUCUAGCUCUGCAGAGAGUUUUGGGGGCAGGGAGCUUCUGCGCCCCUACCCUGCUUAGCCUGGUUUUAAGGGAUUUCUGUCUCUGUGAUGGGCAGGACUGCUUCCGGAGGGCAAAGGAAAUCUAGAGCUCACCCUCCUCCAAAUAAAUACCAUCAUCAAAUAA